AUGAAAGCCCGGGCUGAUAAGAAACGUAGGGAUGUCGAGUUCCAAGUGGGUGAUUGGGUAUACUUGAAGUACCAGCCGUAUCGCCAGGUCUCAGUCCGCGGAUAUUAUCAUCCAAAUCCAUUUUCUCGGAAAUUUGAUAGACCGUUUCCAAUCGUGGAACGCGUGGGCCAGGUUGCUUAUCGUUUACUGCUACCGGCAACAUCUAAAAUCCAUCCUGUGUUCCAUGUGUCCUUGCUGAAGGAAGCAAAAGGAUUGGAUUUUGAAUCCGGGUCAACGGUGAUAAUUCCUCCUUCUGACCAUAUGCCUGAAAUUCUACCAACAGCCAUUGUAAAUACUCGUGACAUCCUUCGCCAGGGUCGCAUUAUUCAUCAAUG